CGCUGCUAAAGUGCAACAUAUCUUUAUUCACGACGAUAAGCGCGAUAACAAUUUUUUAAGUGACGCGUACGUAUGUACCGAGUGAUUACAUGUGCCAAAAAGGGUCUAACUGGUACGCAACCUAGAUGUGUUUUCGCAUAUCAUGUAAUAAACGGGACGGCAGUAUGUCGGACAAGGUGAGACUUCGUGGCGCAGCAAAUGAAGGCUCGGCAAAGGCAGAACUGCAACCCGGUAGUAGCAAGGACAGAAGUGGAUCUUUGCGAGCCCAUCCGGGCAUGUUUGUCACCUGCGCGACCGGGACGUUCCGUGAAAAUUAUAAAGCCGUGAAACUUCUGGGUAAAGGAUCGUUCGGUGAAGUAUUGUUGUGUCUCAAUCGUGCCACAGGACAGCAAUACGCAGUUAAAGUCAUUAUCAAGAGCUCUGUCAAACGUAAAGGCGACCAUGAAUCACUGUUACGUGAAGUUAAUGUCCUCAAGGCAUUGGAUCACCCCAAUAUUAUGAAAAUUUUUGAAUUCUUUGAGGAUGAAAAGUACUACUACUUUGUAACGGAGCUCUACUCUGGAGGAGAGUUGUUUGACGAAAUUGUCAGCCGCAAAUGCUUCUCCGAGCACGACGCAGCCAAAAUCAUCAAGCAAGUACUCAGCGGCAUUAACUACAUGCACAACAGGAAUAUUGUACACAGAGACUUGAAACCCGAGAACCUGCUACUAGAGUCGAAGGCGCCCAAUGCCAACAUUAGGAUCAUUGAUUUCGGUCUAUCGACUCAUUGUGAUGUUAAUUCCAAGAUGAAGGAUAAAAUUGGUACCGCUUAUUACAUUGCCCCUGAUGUACUAAAGGGAGUGUAUGACUCCAAGUGUGACAUCUGGUCCGCUGGUGUCAUCCUCUAUAUCCUACUUUGUGGUUUCCCGCCUUUCAAUGGAGCCAACGAAUCAGAGAUCAUCAAAAAGGUUCAAGCUGGUAAAUACUCAUUCGAUAUGCCACAGUGGAGAAAGGUUUCUGAAAGUGCUAAGGACCUUAUUGCACGUAUGCUUACAUACAACCCAGCUAAGAGAAUUACGGCUUCUGAGGCAUUGGAACACCACUGGCUCACUUACAUGACCAAGGAUAAUACCGUCGAUCUGCCAAGCUUGGAGUUGUCAAUCAACAACAUGAAGAGCUUCUACUACACUCAAAAGCUGUCUCAAGCUGCUCUUUUGUACAUUGGAUCCAAACUGGUCACUAAGGAGGAAAGUAACUACCUUACCACAAUAUUCAGCAAGAUGGACAAAAACGGUGAUGGUCAACUAGACAGGAGUGAACUCAUCGAUGGAUUUUCUGAGUAUCUCAGGCUAAAGGGCACUGCUGCAGAUAAUGCAGAACGUAUGAGCGUGGAAGAACAGGUGGAUCAGAUUCUUCAAGACAUUGAUUUCGACAAGAACGGUUACAUUGAUUACAGCGAGUUCCUCACGGUGGCCAUGGACCGUCGUAACUUGAUGCAGAAGGAUCGUCUAGAGAAGGCGUUUAAACUUUUCGAUGCAGAUGGAUCAGGAACCAUUUCUUCUGAAGAGUUGGGCAAAAUGUUUGGUGUUGCUGAUGUUAGUGCAGAUGACUGGCAACGCGUGCUUCAUGAGGUUGAUUCCAACAAUGAUGGGCUAAUUGACUUUGAAGAAUUCACUGCAAUGCUUACCAAAUUGGUGUAAACUAGGUGUCUAAAUGCAUACACGUAAU